UGCUCGGAAGGAAGUGACAUGCUCUCCUCCACUACACACUCUGGGAGAUUAGCGCGCGGCCAGCUGUAAUCCUGUUCAGGACCACGGCCAGAGACACCCUUUUACCCAUGAAUCCUCACUAAAGUUGCCCCGCUGCGCUUUUUUCAGCGAACCUCUACGAACCCAAGCGGGAUUUAAAGAAGUUCGUCCAGAUUCCCGGAGGAAGAGUGGAUCUAAAAAAAUGUUUUUGAUUUUUAGAGGAACCAGAAGAAACCUGUAAACGCCGGGACAACUAGUUCUCCAAGCUACAAUCCUGGGAACUUUUAAAUAAACGAAGCUGAUGACCAAUUAAUAAUAUUUUUUUUUAUUUAUGUGACUGAGCCGCACGAAGGAGAAGAGGCUGUGCGCUCGGACCCGGAGCCGUCAGGAUGGAGAUCCGGCCGGACAGGUUCAAAGCUGUGGCAGCUAAGACUCUGGGGAAGAUAUACGGGGCACUAGAGAAGAAGCAGGAAAAUGGUGAAACCAUUGAGCUGUCGGCUGAGGGCCGGCCUGAGCUGGUGCAGGAGAAGGAGAUGCCGGUGGUGGACUGCACAUGCUUCGGCCUGCCCAGGCGCUACAUCAUCGCCAUCCUCUCUGGUAUUGGCUUCUGCAUCUCCUUUGGUAUCAGGUGCAACCUGGGUGUAGCCAUUGUCAGCAUGGUCAACAGCCACACCAUCUUCAGGGACAACAAGGAGGUCGUAGUGAAAGCCCAGUUCAACUGGGAUCCAGAGACAGUGGGGAUGAUCCAUGGCUCCUUCUUCUGGGGAUACAUAGUAACCCAAAUCCCUGGAGGGUUCAUUUGUCAAAAGUUUGCAGCAAACAGAGUUUUUGGCUUUGCUAUUGUUGCCACGUCAUGCCUGAAUAUGCUCAUCCCUACAGCAGCACGGAUGCACUUUGGCUGCGUGAUCAUUGUCAGGAUAUUUCAAGGACUGGUGGAGGGCGUUUCAUAUCCGGCUUGUCAUGGUAUUUGGGCAAAAUGGGCUCCUCCUCUGGAGAGAAGUCGCUUGGCCACAACUGCCUUCUGUGGCUCUUAUGCAGGUGCUGUGAUUGCCAUGCCUUUAGCUGGAAUACUUGUCCAGUACUCAGGAUGGUCUUCAGUCUUCUAUGUCUACGGAAGUUUUGGUGUGAUGUGGUACUGCUUCUGGGUCCUGGUUUCGUACGAGAGUCCUGCGGCUCACCCCACCAUCACAGAAGAGGAGAGGAUCUAUAUAGAGGAGAGCAUCGGCGAGUCAGCUCAGCAUACAGUAACGAAGUUUAACACACCAUGGAGAGCCUUCUUCACCUCUAUGCCAGUGUACGCCAUCAUUGUUGCUAAUUUUUGCAGAAGCUGGACUUUCUAUUUGCUUCUCAUCAGCCAGCCUGCAUACUUUGAGGAAGUGUUUGGGUUUGAAAUAAGCAAGGUGGGAAUACUAUCUGCGCUUCCUCAUCUGGUAAUGACCAUCAUUGUGCCUAUUGGAGGCCAAAUCGCUGAUUAUCUGCGUUCUAAUCAGAUCAUGACGACCACAAAUGUCAGAAAGAUGAUGAACUGUGGAGGGUUUGGGAUGGAGGCCACCCUCCUGCUGGUGGUUGGCUUCUCGCACACAAAGGGCGUAGCCAUCUCGUUCCUGGUGCUGGCUGUUGGGUUCUCUGGUUUUGCCAUUUCAGGUUUCAAUGUCAACCACCUUGACAUUGCACCUCGAUAUGCUAGUAUCCUCAUGGGUAUAUCCAACGGUGUGGGCACUCUGUCCGGCAUGGUUUGCCCACUUAUAGUCGGUGCAAUGACAAAAAAUAAGACGCGGGAGGAGUGGCAGGGUGUUUUUCUGAUUGCCUCGCUCGUUCAUUAUGGAGGUGUUAUAUUCUAUGGGAUCUUUGCCUCAGGAGAGAAACAAGCCUGGGCCGAACCAGAGGAGCUCAGCGUUGAGAAGUGCGGCAUCCUGGAUGAAGACGAGCUUGCAAAUGAGACAGAGGAACUGUAUCGUACAAGUGGUGGAGUUGGUUAUGGAGCCACAAACCAGGUGUCAGAUCCCAACGGAGGAGGUGGGGGCUGGGUUUCAGACUGGGACAAAACUGAAGAGUACGUCCAACCAGCUGGAACCAAUAAUUAUCUUUAUGGAGGAGAGGGCAACCGAGACUUCUCAUAGAACCAGCAGAUGUUUAGUUCAUCCUAACAGAGAAGCACAAACACUUUAUCACCAAUGUGGAAUCUCACUGUGAAGGAACUUGGACAUCAUUGAAGUGGACUUCUCAGGAAGUUUGAAAGUUGAAUUUAUUUCAAAAAGACAUUUAAAGCGAAGACAAUAGUCCAUAAAAUGUGUUUGUGUGAUGAAACAGCAGCCUUUUUGCAAAGUUUUGUUGGAAUCAGGCUUUUUUUUUUCUUUAGGCCUGAUGAGGCAUCCAUCUUUAAAAGGUAGACGGGCCCAUAUUUUCCGUCAUGACUUAGUAUUGAUUUGUUUUAUUCAUUUAAAUUUGUUUUCUUGUAGAUCGUAUUUUUUUUUAAUGUACUUAUAUGUCAGUCUGCUUCAAAACAGCUUGGUUAGAAACAGCCCAAUUCCAGUUAUAUUGCUAACCCCUACCUGAGUCAAAAUGGACUGAUUAAGGCCUGGGUUGAUUUUUAAACCACAAGGUUGAUUAAUGCGUUUGACCAUGUGUAAGGGAUUAGGUUUUUAUAAUCUUAGAUUAGGUCCAGCUGUCAAGAGGUUGGUUAUACCGUACUAGUCCAUCACAGGUUUAGUGAAAGCUCACAGCAAACAUAAACAUUCACAUUGCACACAUACCAAGAUAUAUUCCUCUAGCAUGCAUGUUUUUAGAUUGUAUACUAUUACAGAAUCUAGAUAUGCACAGUAAGAAAAUGACAACUCCUCACAGAAAGACCCCAGAUUGGAUCCUUAAGAAAAUAAAAACAGAAAUAUUGUAAUAUGAGCCAAUUCUUUCUCAAGACAUACCCUAUUUUGAACCCAUGCAUGGCCAUUUUAACCCCUCAUACUUCCCUUUCAUAACUGUACAUACAAACUAUUUCAGCCACAUACUUCCUGUGUCUAGGUUUUCAAAGAUUUGUGGAGAUAAAUGGUUAAAAUGUUAUUAUGAUAUCUCCCUAAUUAACAGUGUAGUAAAGUAUAAGUAGAAAAUUUUAAUUAGGUUGAAAUCAUUGGGUGUCUUUGUGGGAACAAAAGGAAAUGUAUCUAAAACACAAAAGCACAGAAGGAAAAUUACCAAAACCUCUAUAAAUAAAUAUUUCUUGAUGAUAAACUUCAGCAAUGUAUAAAUAUUACCUGGAUACAUUCAUUCUUAACAUUAUUUUUUUAUGAAUACAGCUAGCACUAGCUUGUGCUGACUAAUUAAAAGGUUAAUUUUAGUUAAAGGGAUUGAACUCCUCCGAUAAGAAGUCAAUAAAAAACCUACGAAUGUAAAGAUUAUUACACAUCAUAGUUUUACCAUCCUAUCAUCCUAAAUAUGGAAUAUGCAGCUAUGAGGUUAGUCAGAAGUAGCAACAUGCUUUGGUAAACAUAAGGAAAAAUCUCUUCUUCUGAGAACAACAACAUAGAAAAAAAAACAACAAAUAGCCAAUUGAAUAAAAAUAAAUUUCUAGUCAUUCUAUGCUACAGAUUAAAACAAAUUAGAUAGGAAAUACAAUUAAUUAAAUAAGUAGAAGGGAUGUUCAGCGACAUCAUCUAAAUACUAAACUCAGUCUCUAUGGCAACUUGCCCUGGCAACUCGCCUCACUACGGUCUAGUAAAGUACUUUUCUUACCAAUAUUUUAAGCAUUACAAGUAACAGUGCUUCUUUAACAAAAAGAUGGAUACCAUUGGAGUCCCCCAACACAGUCAGAGGCUAUUUAAAAAAAAAUCCACCAUUGAUCUUAUAUUGCUAAUGUGCCACAGCUUCCCCAUUAAAGAAGAUUCCUGUGAAAAUGUAGAAAGAGACCAGAAACAUCAUGAAACAAGUUUUUCUAAAUUUUUCAAAUCAGACCAUUUUUUAGAAAGGACACAUGCCAUUGUUGGAUACACAAACUUUUAGUUUUCCACAAGAAACUGUUGUUGUGUGGAUAGAGUAUCAGUAGAUGACGUCAUGAUGUUGCAGCUCAACGUGGUUGUCUAUUAAUUCUGCUCUGCAUCUGGUCAUUAAAUUAACCACUCCAAGUCUUUGCUCCUCCACGUCGAAAGUAGCCGGCUGAGGUGGCUGAGGCAUCUGUUCUGGAUACCUCCUGGUUCGCCUCCCUCAGGACGUGUUCCAGGCAUGUCCUAUUGGGAGGAGGCUUUGUGGAAGGCCCAGGACACACUGGAGAAACUAUAUCUCUGAGGUGGCCUGGUGUCGCCUUCGGGUCCCUCCAGAGCAGCUGGAGGAGGUGUUUGUGCAUCAGGAAGUCUGGGCAUCUCUGCUUAGACUGCUGUGACCCGGCCCCAGUUAAAGUAAAUGGUUUGGUCCACAGUAGGGUGAUGUACUGUAGAUCAGCCAUGCAUCAAUCUUUAGCUAUCAUCAGGAACUCAGAUUUUAUCCUUAUUUAAUCAUAUCAGUGAAGUGUUUUUUCUUCUUGCUUUUUUAAGCAAAUGAAAACCU